CUUUGGGUCUUUCUCAUUUGCAAGCUUGUGAAACAUAUGAAGACAUGUCAAUUCAAACCACAAAAAAAGAAAAACGGUUUCUUUUUACCUCAGAAUCUGUUGCUGAAGGACAUUCUGAUAAAUUAUGUGAUCAGAUAAGUGAUGCUGUUGUAGAUGCUCAUCUCAGUAUUGAUCCAGAUGCCAAGGUUGCCUGUGAGUGUGUGGCAAAAACUGGAAUGAUUUUGCUCUGUGGAGAGAUCACAUCCCAGGCUAUAGUAGAUUACCAACAAAUUGUAAGAGAUACCCUUAAGAAUAUAGGAUAUGAUGACUCUUCCAAAGGGCUGGACUACAAGACUUGCACAGUUUUAGUAGCCUUGGAACAGCAGUGUAAAGAGAUAAAGCAUGCGAUCUCCCAUGGCAAGAGCGACGAUGACAUUGGAGCAGGGGAUCAGGGUUUGAUGUUUGGCUAUGCCACUGAUGAAACUGAGGAAUGUAUGCCCUUAACAAUCCUCCUGGCACACAAACUAAAUGCAAGCAUAAGGGCUCUGGAACGGAAUGGAACAUGGCCUUGGGUUAGACCAGAUGGGAAAACACAGGUCACAAUGGAAUACAAGGAGUGCAAUGGCACACUCGAGCCCAUCCGUGUGCACACACUGGUGAUUUCAGUAAAUCAUGCCCCAGACAUAUCACUGCAACAAAUACGGAAGGAGCUAAUGGAGAAAGUUGUUAAAAAAGUCAUUCCAGAGAAGUAUCUUGAUGCAGACACCAUUUAUCAUCUCCUUCCAAGUGAAAAGUUUGUGGAAGGUGGUCCUAAGGCUGAUGCUGGACUGACUGGUCGGAAGAUCAUUGUUGAUACAUAUGGAGGCUGGGGAGCCCAUGGUGGAGGGGCGUUCUCCGGGAAAGAUCCCUCCAAAGUGGAUCGUUCCGCAGCCUAUGCAGCUCGCUGGGUUGCAAAAUCUCUGGUGAAAGCCGGUCUCUGCAAAAGAGUAUUAAUCCAGCUAUCAUACGCUAUCGGUCUGAGUGCUCCUCUUGCCAUCUCAGUGUUUCAUUAUGGAACAUCAGACAGGUCUGAAGAAGAGCUGCUUGAGAUUGUCCAGAAAAACUUUGAUCUACGCCUGGGAGCUAUCAUAAGGGACCUGGAUUUGAAGAAGCCAAUCUAUCAAAAAACAGCAUGCUAUGGGCACUUUGGAAGAGAAGGAUUUACAUGGGAAAUACCCAAAAAACUUGUGUUUUAAGCUUUUCAAAAUGUUUCAUGUUAUUGACACAUGGCUUAAUAACCAGGCAAAAUUUUAAUCAGUUCAAGAAAAGAUUGUAUCUUAAAUGACAUACUGUAGUUAAUAGUCAUACUCAAAAUCAUUUGUAUUUGAUUUCUAACUUUCAUUGUGGCCUUACACUUCUAAUAGCUGUUUGAAGACUGUUAACUUGAAGUCUCCUUCUAGGAAUGCCGCCCUUUUUAGGUUUGAAUUUAAGGGGAGGUUAAGUUUACAGCGCACGAGGCAAUGAUCUGUUUGGCAUUCUGCACUAGGCAUCACGCAGGUGUGACGAACAUCGCGGAUAUCCCUCUGUCAGACCAAGAUAUAAUCAAUGAGGUGCCAGUGCUUGGACCUAGGAUGCAUCCAGGUUGUCUUCAGACUGUCUUUCUGCUGAAAGAUAGUGUUAGUGAUGGUAAGCUGCUGCUCAGCACAAAACUCUAGCAGAAGGUGACCAUUAUCAUUGAAGUUUCCAACACCAUGCUUGCCUAGUACUCCUUUCCAGGCUUCAGAGUUCUUUCCUACUCUGGCAUUGAAAUCACCAAGGAUAAUGAUCUUAUCAUCUGCAGGAACCUUUUGGAUAAGACGGCGUAGGUCGUUGUAGAAUUUAUCUUUUUCAGCAGGGUCAGCUUGGAGGGUUGGGGCAAAUAUACUAAAGAGAACAGCAUGUUGCCUGUUGUGUAGUGGGAGGCGUAGGGAGAUAAUGCAAUUAGAAUGACCAGUCAGCAGAUUUUUGAGUUUAGAGGCAAUAGAGUUUUUAAUCAUGAAGCCAACUCCUGAGAGAUGCCUUUCAGAUCUGGGUUUACCUGACCAGUAGAGUGUAUAACCGGCAUCAUGUUCUCUAAGGCUGCCUUCCUCAUGGAGACCAACUUCACUGAGAGCAGUGAUAUCAAUGUUGAGUCGUGACAGUUCAUGGGCAAUUAGAGCAGAGCAACACUCAGGAUAUCCACUGUCCACAGUACCGAGCAUGGUUCUGAUGUUCCAGCAUGCAAGUGUCAAUUUGGACACACCUUUGGAGGCAGGUGUAUGCCUUUUACUCUUAAUCUUUAUUUGACUGCAUCAGAAGAUGCCCGUUGGCUGUGGUUAACCAACAGGGUGAAGGAUGGAGAUGAGCUUUGGUUAGUCCACCUUUUCUAGGCCCUCUCUGUGUGGAGCAAGCAGUGCUCUCCUUGAAAAAGGCUGCUUGGUCAUUCAGGAUGCUGCCAAAUGAAACUGUCAUCUCCAGGGUGAGACUCAGGUGACCAAUGUACUCCGUGUAGUUCAAGACUCUGCAAUGCAGUACAUUUCACAACAACCCGUGAAAACUGAACUGGACACUGCCCCCACCAUGGGAGAAACUCUUAAAGCAAUACAACAGGUGAAAAUCGGCAAGGCAGCUGGGGUUGACAGAAUCCCACCUGAAAUCUGGGAGCAUGGUGGCCAAGCACUCCAUGCUAAGUGUCACUAAUUUGUGGUGCGCUGCUGGGAACGAGGUGAACUGCCUUCAGGCCUUCGUGACGCUGUCGUCGUCACCUUGUACAAGAGGAAAGGAGAUACAUCAGACUACUCAAAUUACCGAGGUAUUACUCUGCUCUCCAUUGCUGGUAAAAUCCUUGCAAGAAUCCUUUUGAACAGAUUAAUGCCUGCCAUAGCAGAAGAUCUCCUACCUAAAAGCCAGUGUGGUUUCUGAGCCAACAAAGGUACCACAGACAUGGUAUUUGUUCUCAGACAACUGCAAGAGAAGUGCAGGGAACAGAACAAAGGACUCUAUGUUACCUUUGUUGAUCUCACCAAUGCUUUUGAUACUGUGAGCAGGAAAGGUCUGUGGCAGAUUCUGGAACGUUUAGGAUGUCCUCCCAAGUUCCUCAAAAUGAUCAUCUUGCUUCAUGAGGACCAGCGUGGCCAAGUCAGAUAUGGAGGUGCACUUUCUGAGCCGUUUCCAAUAGCCCAUGGUGUGAAGCAAGGCUGUGUUCUUGCACCAACUUUAUUCACAGUCUUCUUCAGCAUGAUGCUCCAAAGGGCCAGGGCAGACCUCGAUGAUGAAAACGGUGUCUACAUUCGAUAUCGUACCAAUGGGAGCCUGUUCAACCUAAGGUGACUGAAGGCCCCCACUAAGACCUUAAAUUAUCUUAUCCGUGAGCUGCUUUACGCUGAUGAUGCUGCCCUCGUCGCCCACACAGAAGGAGCUCUGCAGCGUCUAACAUCCUGCUUUGCAGAGGCUGCUGAGCUGUUUGGACUGGAAGUCAGCUUGAAGAAGACAGAAGUUUUAUAUCAGCCUGCACCUCAGGAAGUCUCCCAUCAUCCCCAUAUCACUAUUACUGAAAGAGAGCUCAAAUCAGUCCAGCAAUUUAAUUACCUGGGAAGCAUCAUCUCCUCAGAUGGUAAGAUUGAUGCAGGAAUAGACAACAGGUUAGCAAAGGCAUACAGAGCUUUUGGUAAACUCCAUAAAAGAGUGUGGCAAAACAAACACCUGAAGAAAAGUACAAAGAUCAGCAUUUACAGAGCCAUUGUAUUGUCUACUCUUUUAUAUGGGUCCGAAUCAUGGGUCAUUUACCGCCACCACUUGCGUCUCUUAGAACGCUUCCAUCAGCGCUGCCUCCGUACAAUUCUAAACAUCCCCUGGACUGACUGUGUGACCAACACGUCUGUCCUUGAACAGGCAGCAGUCACGAGCAUUGAGGCCAUGCUGCUGAGAACACAGCUGCGCUGGGCAGGGCACGUCUCCAGGAUGCAGGACUGCCGCCUCCCUAAGAUCGUGCUCCAUGGGGAACUUGCCACUGGUGCCGCAAGAGAGGAGCCCCGAAGAGGAGAUACAAGGACUGCCUGAAACAAUCCCUCAGCCUUGGCCAUAUUGAUCACCACCAUUGGUCUACCCUGGCUUCCAGUCUGGAGGCCUGGAGACACACCAUCUAUAACGCUGCUGCUGCUUUUGAGAACACACGCAGGAUCACUCUCGAGGAGAAAAGACAACGCAGAAAGAAUCGCAUCUCGUCGAUAUCACCUGGGGAGUCUUUCUGCUGUGCCUUCUGCAACCGGACUUGUCUAUCUCGCAUUGGCCUUUUCAGCCAUCAGCGCGCUUGUAGCAAGUGUGGGUAGAGCUCUUCUCAAAUCUUCAUUUGCAAAGCCCAGCCAUGAUGACACUUCUAAUGCAUGCAGAUCUAUCUAAUAUAGACUUCAGCUUUGUCUUUGGGAACAUGGGAACAGUGUAAGCGUUUGACUGUGAUCAGAUAUAAAGUGCACAGAUGGUUGUGGAAGUUGAUGCCAUUCCUUUUCUGGCAGGGCAGCCCACUGUUACUUACCCAAUUAAAUUUGUACUGAAGGGGAUGAAGUUGGAGAGGUAACUUCAAGAGCUCCCUGUGAGAGGAAAGCAGAAAUAGCACAAACUGCCAUAAUUGUUUGGGCCAGGUCUUCCCUGACAAUAGCUUUAGUUAAAGUGCUUUAGUGAAGUUUAAGCAAAUUGGCAAAAAUACCCAUUUCUUAUCAAUGGUCACUGUAACCCCAAAAAUACCUAGCUAUGAGGCAGUGUUGUUUGUUUGCUUUUAACAUUACACAUCUGUGAAAACUGAUAAACUCGUAUGUUGUAAUUCUUUUAUUAAUUUAUAGUUACACCUUCUCAAACUUGAAUUUCCCACAUCUGCACUAACUGGAAUUGGCUGUAUAAAUUUUCAAUAAAGUUUAAUUUGACAAGUUCUGAAAUGUAAAAAAAAUAAAAGUUGUAAAAAG